AUGUCACUGCCGAUAGAUAGGCCUACAGAUCCUGACAUCGGAAGUGUAAGAGAACCAUACCUACACGGGAAUGAGGCAAAAAGAAUAAAAUCCUGCCAUGCCCUCAUAACGGAGCAGGCGGUGACGGAGGCCCUGAAGGCGGACCAGGGCGCCGAGGCCCAGCUCGCGUCCUGGCAGAUCGAGGACCACCAACAAGGGCGACAACCACAGCGCGAUGGUGACGAGCGUGCAACUCGCCUUCGCCCUGAACGGGGUCGCCGGACGCCGCUCAAAAGGAACCCUGGCCACGACCGGGAAGUGUUCGAGGAGGUGACGCGCAAACUCUUCCUGAAGGAGGCUGAAUUCUACUCGAAUCUGCUGCCUCAGCUGAACGCGGUCCUGGAGGAGGCCGGGAUGAAGCCCCUAGCCAUGCCGAGGUGUUUCUACAGCGCCGUUGAGAGGAAGAAGGAACUCGUUUUACUGGAGGAUUUGAGGCCUCGAGGCUUCAAGAUGUUCGACCGGAGGAAAGGCCUGGACGUCGCCCAUGUCUCCCUCGUGUUGGAGGAACUGGCCAGACUCCACGCCGCCUCCCUCCUGCUGGAGAAGAAGGAGCCACAGUACUUCCGAGGCACGUGUCUCAACAGAGGCUGGGCGCACCUGUUCGAGGGCGCCGUCGACCUCGGCUUCGUCCUCGGCCAACACAUAGACAGUGCCAAAGCCAUGCUGGAUAAAAUCGGCGGAUACGAGUCGGCUGCAACUUGGGCGGAAAGCCUCAAGCCCAAACUCCAAGACAUUUUCGAGAAGCAAAUGGAACCGACAAAGUACCACGUUUUAUGCCACGGGGACGCGUGGAAUAACAACCUCCUCUUCAGCUACAGGGCAGACGGCUCUCCUGAAGCAGUGAUGUUCGUCGAUCUUCAGAUCUGUCGACGCGUGUCCUUCGCCACUGACAUCAACUACCUCCUGUACACGAGUCUCACGGGGGACGUCAGGAAGCCCAACCUGGACGCCCUCCUGGAGACGUACCGAGGCCAGUUCAACGCCGUCAUGGAGACCCGAGGAGGAAGCGAAGGCCGUCUAAGCGAAGGCGAAGUCCUGCAGGAGUUCCGGCAGAAGAACGUCAUCGGAGCAAUUUUCACGAGGAUGCUCAUUUCCGUCAUCCUCCUGGAGCCGCAGGAUGUGGAGGAGCUCUCGGACCUGAAGGAUAAGGAAAUCGACGAAUGCUUCUUGGAGUUGAGGAAGGAGGCCUUGGACCUGGUCGACAGCAACCCGUUCAUGCGACCGCGGUUCCUGGCGGUGGUUGAGGAACUCGUGGAGACCGGACUCGUUCCCGCGUGAUGGCGUCGGGGCUGGAGCUGUUGCUGUCUGUCUAUUUAUCAGUUGAUCUAUGUCUGUGUAUCACUGCACAUACAC